AUGACUACAGCCGCUUUCAAGUACAUCGAUCCUACCUCGUUUGAUCCGAACGCGACCGAAGCCUUCAAGAAGCCAUGGGGCAAAGUCGAUGGUCCUGGAUACUCGUUCAGAUUGAUUGAUCAUCAGCGCCAAGUCGAGAACCUUCGUGGUCAAGAAGCAAACUUCAACACCGAUACUGCCGGAUUCGCCGUAUACAACUCGCCGUCAAAAGAGAAGGAGUUCACAGAUGAUAACGCUGUCCGCGAAGGCUACUACAAAGAGGUGGAACAAGUCCUAAAGCAGCAGAUCCCGGGAAUCAAGAAGGUUGUCAUCUUUGAUCACACCAUUCGUCGCAGAGAGAAGGCCUCGCCUCGUCAGCCUGUUCAGCAGGUUCACGUAGAUCAGACACCGGCUGCUGCGGAAAUUCGAGUUCGCCGCCAUCUGCCUGCCGACGAAGCAGAAGAGUUACUCAAGGGUCGUUACCAGAUCAUCAAUGUCUGGAGGCCCAUUGGUCACAACGCGAGCGACUUCCCUCUGGCCGUCAUUGAUUGGCGCACAACAACCCAGAAAGACUUUGUCAAGGUCGACCUGCUGUACCCGAAACGCACAGAUGGCGACAACGACGACCGAGGAAAGGAAGUCUUGCCCGAUCCCAACUCAAUGACCUCUACUCAAGGAUAUGAGCCCAAGGGUGAGACUUAUGCCGUUGCCCCUUCAGACAAGCACAAGUUCUACUAUAUGAAGGACAUGACGCCUGACGAGGUCAUGCUUCUCAAGUGCUUUGACAGCAGAAGUGAGUGGUCGCCAAACAGCACUCCUGGUCUAGCUCACGGCACACCGCAUACUGCAUUUGUCGACCCUCAGACUCCGGCAGAUGCACCUGGUAGACAGAGCAUUGAGGUCAGAUGUUUGGUAUUCUACGACUGA